AUGGAAAGACGCAAAUAUAGAAGACGCUCAUACAUUUACUCUCUCGCGGAUUGUAUUUAUAUCAAUCAGCGGAAAAAGCAGGAGAAGCUGCGCUACUGCAGCCGAGUCUUCGAGUGGAACGAGCUGCUCCUGAGCGUGAUCGGCCUCUACCCGGGCAAAUUCAGUUUCGCCCGUUUCUACCUGAAUCUCGCCUACUUCACGACGGCGAUGGGCCUCGAGUACCUCGACCUCGUGCUGUCGCUCGGCGACUUCGAGCGCGUCGUCCUGAAUCUGACGGAGAACGCCGCGUUCACGCACAUCUACGCUUACACGCUGUCGCUGUGGCUCGGCAACCGCGAGAUAGGCCAGCUGCUGGGCCAGGUCGCGAGCGACUUCGCCGCGGAUUACACGGACCAGGAGAUCGCGACGCUGCGCCGCUACUACUUCAGGACUCGAGUGUUCAUCGAGUUUCUCUUCGUCAAUCUCUUCACCACGGCCUCGUCGUACUUCAUGCAGCCGUUCACCGGCCAAAUGGAUCAAAUUCUGGGAUACAUGCGCGGAUCAUCGGCGAACUCGAGCAUCGUGUACCAGCUGCCGUACCGCUUCCACGCGUUUCACCGGGUCGACGAGCCGGCGAGCUACCUGUGGACCAGUGCCGCCUACGCACCCUUCGUCCUCGUGACUUUUUUCAAUCAGAGCAGCGGCGAGUGCUGCCUCAUCGCUCUUGUUUAUCACGUCGCGGCGCAGAUGGCCGUGCUCGCCUCGCGAAUUCGCGGCAUCGAGCCAGGUAACGACUGCACCGAGCAACUGGCCAACUGCUUGAGACGACACGCGCGUCUGCUCAGAAUGGGCCAGCAGAUAAACAAGGUGUUCAGCGCGAUGCUGCUCGUCCACUUGACCGGCAUCAUACUACUCGUCUGCCUGGUUGGCUACCAGCUGCUUUGGUGUUUAGCGAACGGAGAGUACGCCCUGCUGCCGUCCUUCAUCGUCUGGAUGUGCCUGUUGCUGGUGUCGCUCUACGUUCACUGCACCGUCGGCGAGACCCUCAUAACCGAAAGCGACAGACUGCACGGGGCCUACUACGACUGUCGCUGGAACGAGAUGCCACCGAGCACGGCCAGGUGGCUCGUCCUGGCGAUGGCUCGCUCGUCCAGGACUUUGACCUUGAACGCUGGCAGUUUCAGUACUCUCAGUCUCGCCACUUAUACGAGCAGCCUCAAAGCAUCCCUGGGAUAUCUGUCGGUAUUCAGAACCGUGAUGCAGAGUGAAUCUUAA